AUGGCAUUAACUGUAUUUUUAUUUAAAGUUUCUAAUCUUAAUAUUUCAAAAAUUUUCCCAGAAACUAAUGUUCCAAAUGAUAAUGAAUCAACAACAAGUACACGAUCAGUACGAUUUAUGGUCGAUGAAAAUCCAACAUUAGUUAGUGCUAGAAUAACAUUUCAAGGUAUUGGUCUUUGGUCAAACAAUGUUCCAGUAGUUGCAAAUGAAGCAAGUUUUCUGGCUCGAGGAAAAAAACCAAAAAAAUUCAAUUUCAAUUUGGCACGAUCAUUAACAGCAGAUGAUAAAUUACUUGUUGAGUUUUUUACAACAACAAUUAAAAAACGACGCAAAAAAUUACUUGGAGUUUUUGAAAUUAUGCUUGAACAAUUAGUUAUUUCAAAAUAUAUUGAUCUUCCAGAAGAAAAUUUAUCUGAUGCACAGAAUUAUUUAUUACCAUCAACUGUACAACUUAAACUUUAUUAUACACCACCAGAUAUUGAGAAAUACAAUGCUUCAUUAGGUAUAUCAGAUACAGGUCAAUUAGUCGAUUGGAAAAGUAUAUUUGACGAUGAAGGACGACACGGUGGACAUCGAUAUAGACAUACUCAAUCAAAAAAUGAUAGUAAAUUUAAAAAACUUCGUACAAGAAUUAAGGGCCGUACAGAUGAUGCUGAUACAGAUUCAUACAGUGAUUCAGAUUUUAAUGAAGCAGACAAACUUAAAAGUGGUGUACCGAUUGAUGAAGAAAAACAAAAUAGAAUAGAACGUGGUAAUAUAGAAUUAUUAGAAAAGAGUUUGGGUCGAUAUGAAGGUGAUCCAUAUGAAAUAAAUGAAUGGCAAAUUAUGAUACAUAUUAUUCAAGCACGAGAAUUGCCAGGACUUGAUCUUAAUCCAUAUAUAUGUAUUGAAAUUGAUGAGGAAAAAAAAUAUUCAAAUAGACAUCAAUCUUCUAAUUCACCAUAUUUUGGAGAAUUUUUCACAUUUGACUUUAAUCUUCCAGCUUCACAAGUUAUGCAAAAAGUUAUUUAUUUCAAAGUUCAUCAUGCACAAAAAUUCAUUAGUAAAUUUACUGAUACGAAACCAGUUGCCAUAUUUCGAAUAGAUGUUUCAACAGUAUAUAAUGAAAAAGAACAUGCAUUUGAACGAAAAUGGGCACAAUUAAUUAAUCCGGAAAGUAUUGAAUCUCAUUGUGGUUAUUUACUUGUUUCAAUUGCGGUUACAGAACGUGGUGCUCCAUCACGAAAUGUACUUGGUGAAGGAGUCGAAGAUGAUGAUGAAUAUAAACCAUCAAAAGCAUUAAUUCCUGCAGCUAUGCCACAUCCACUUUUUCCUGUUGAAAUAAAAAUAACAUUUUUUACUGCAGCAGAAUUACCUGAAAUGAUGACUGAUUUUUUAGCAUCAGUUUCAAAAAAAGUUCUUCAACCAGAAGGAUGGGAACCAGUUGAUCCUUAUGUUGAAAUUCAAUAUAAUACAUUGCGUGCAGUGACAAGUCAUCAUAAUGGUACAACACCUGUUUGGAGUGAAGCAUUUCAUUUAAUUGGACGUUUUCCACCACUUAUACGAACAGUUAAAAUAUCACUUAAAGAUCAUGCUUCGGUUCGACGUGAUCGUGUUAUUUCAUCAUUUGCUAUUGAUCUCUUUUCAAUAAGUGAAACAAAUUUACAAGCUGGAUUUUUACCAACAUUAGGUCCAACAUGGAUGUUUUUAUAUGGAAGUGCAAGAGAAUAUGCAGCAAGUAAAGAACAAGCAAGUCUUAGUGAAGGAAUGGGUGAAGCUAUUUGUUAUAAAGGACGUUUAUUAAUGGAAAUUGAAUGUCAUCCUGUUAGUGGAGAAAAUGCAUCGAAUUCGAAAAUACAAAAAGAAACUGGUGUUGUAUUACCUGAAGCACAUUUAUUUCCAAUGAAACGUACAUUUCUUUUAUGGGGUUGUAUAUAUGAUGUAACAAUGAUUGAUAAAGCAUUUGGUAAUGCAACAAUAUGUUUUGAAUUAAGUAUUGGUUCAAGUGGAUAUUUAACACCAGCACAAUUUGUUGAAGCAAUGCAUGUUCCAACAUCAUCAUUAUCACAAACAUAUCCACGUGUACCAGUUGAUAAUAAUAAACAACAUUUUCGUUUACCAAUUGAUUUAUUAAAACCAAUUAUAUAUACAAAAUAUACAUUUCAUGAUUAUAUGUUUCGUAUGACAUUAACAAAUCGUUUUAAACAUGCGUCUGAUCAUAUAUAUAAACAAAUUCGUCAAUUUGAAGCGAAAAUAAAUGCGAAAGUUACAAAUGAAGUUCUAACGGCUGAAUAUCAGAAAAUAAAAGAUUAUGUUCAUGCAUUACCAUGUGGAUGUGGUGAUGAAUCAUUAAAUAGUGAAAAUUUUGGUAUUUCACCUGUUGUUCAUCCAGAUUUAUCGGAAGUAUUAAAUGCAAGUACAGCAAAUUAUAAAAUGAAUACAUUAGAUGAAAAACGACGUAAAAAACUUCUUAUAAAUCUUGAAUCAGUUAAAGCGUGGGUUUCAAAAAAAAUGGAUUUUGAUGAAUCAAAACGAUACGAUAUUGUUAAAGAAUUAAAUAAAAUAGCUCGUUCAUUUCGACAAAUGGCUUUUGAUGCACAACCAGCUUUACCGGAUGUAUUUUUAUGGAUGAUAUGUGAUUCGAAACGUGUAGCUUAUGCACGUAUUCCACCGGAAGAUCUUCUUUUUAAUUUAUGUGCAGGUGAUAAAGGUUUAUAUAAUGGUCGUGUACACACAUUUUUUCUCAAAACACCAAAAUCAUCAGAUCAACCAUUAAAUCCAUCAACAAAUGCUAAAGUACAAAUGUAUCUUUGGCUUGGAAUUGAAGAAUAUGAACCAUAUAUAUAUAAAUAUCUACCACCUGGUUUUGAGAUGCCACAAUUACCAUUACUAACUUCAACAAAAACUAUACGAUAUACUAAACGAUGUUUUUAUGAAGUACGAUGUCAUUGUCUUAAAGCAAGAGCUUUACUUGCUUCAGAUGAUACUGGUUUAUCUGAUCCUUUUCUAAGUAUUACUGUUGGAAGUUCGACACAAACGACACCAGUUCUUUUACAAUCUUUAUGUCCACAAUGGAAUAUGACAUUAGCAUUUAAAAAUUUAAUACAUAUUGGCACACAAGAAUCAGCUGAAGAAAUUAUUGGAAAUGUUGUUGUUGAAAUUUACGAUUAUGAUGAAGAUAUUGAUGGACCUGAUUUAAUUGGACGUUUUUCUACAACAGCUAAACUUAAUUCAAAUAAUAAAAAUGAUUCAAAUAAGGGAUAUCCAUUUGAAUGGUUUGAACUUAAAAUUGGUGAUAAACGAGCUGGUGAACUUUUAGCUGCAUUUGAACUUGUUGAAAUUGAUCCAGACACACGAGUAGCUGUAUCAGCCUGUGAGCUUGAACAGAUUCCAGUAACUUUUGAGAGAUUUCCACCUAAAAAUUAUGUUACUAAAGCAAUAAAAAGACAUCAUCUUUAUGAAAUUCCAAGUUCAUUAAUGCCUCCUAUGAAAACUUAUGAUAUUGAAAUUAUGUUUUGGGGUUUACGUGAAUGUCGUUCAAUUGGUUUUCAAGCAAUAAAUCAAGCUGAAGUAACAAUUGAAUGUGCUAGUGAACGUAUAACAAGAACAAUAAAAGAUGUACAAAAAUAUCCAAAUUUUUCAGUAUCAACAGGUCAACCCGAUUUUUAUACACUUCGUGUUGAUCUACCAGAUGAUAAUAAUUUUUGGCCACAUUUAAGUAUUCUUUGUAUACAAAAUCGACUUUUUGGACAGAAAGAAGUCGUUGGGAAUCUAGUUGUAACUGAUCUACAAAAAUUUAUUGAAAAACCACAUGCUCAUUUAUCACCAGGAAAUGAAGCUCUAGCAGAUGCUAUUAAUGAAAUAACAAAAAUGAUGCCAUACGAUUUUAAUCGUGUACGAAAAUCGAUUGUUGAUGCAUAUGAAGCUGCCCUAGCAUCAAAAAAUAAAGAUAUAGGAAAAGAAAAAUUAAGUAAAUUAGAAAAUGCAGGGGGUCAUGCUACCCCCGGUUCUGAAAGUCAAAUAGCAAUUAUUGAUGCUGAUGCAUUACAAGAAGAAAAUGAUGAUGAUACAUCAUCAAAAGAUGCAAAAGAUAAAGAAGGAAAAGACGAUAAAGAUGCCAAUGCAGCUAAUGAACCAAUAAUUCCUGAUAAUUCUGAACAUAAACCUAUAUCAACAUUAGAAAAAAUAAAAAGAAAUGAUAUGGAAAAAGUUGCUGGAUGGUGGAAUAAAUAUUAUGCAUCGAAAGCUAAAUUAAGAUUGGCACAACGUGCUAAUGCAAAUUUAUAUGAAGAUUCAAUGGAUACAACUAUUGCUUAUGCAGAUUUUUAUGAUAAUAAAAAAAAACCAAAUAAAAAAUCGUUCGAUGUAUUGAAUGCAUUGAGAAAAAUAUUUUCACGUGCUGGAAAAGCUCAAAAAACCUUUCGACGUUUUGCUGCUGCACAAUUGGAUCAAUCUGAAGAUGCGAAUAAACCAAAAUCAGCUGUUGAUGAAAGUUUAGAUAAUAUUGAAACUGAUCGUCUUAAAGAAUUAACAUUAUUACAAACAUUUGAUAUUGUUGAGACAGAAUUAGAAAAUGUUUAUGCUUAUGAAGGUUUUAAUGAUUGUCUUGAUACAUUUUCAUUAUUUAAAGGUAAAGGAUCAAAUCGGUCUGAUGAAACAGGAGAUGAUAAACGUAUCUAUGCAAAAUUUAAGGGUAAAUUGCGUAUUCGAGAGGUAACAAGUAUGACUGAUCAAACAGCUAUGUCAACAUUUAAUAUUGAUCGUAUUCCGCGACUAUCUGCACUUCCAGGUCCAUUAACUACUGAUGCCAGUACGUUUCAACACUCGAAAGAUGCUUUAUUGACACAAACAAAUCAGCAAAUGUCUCAAUUUAAUUUAAAUGAACAUCGUAUUACACUUAAAUGUCGAUUGUAUCUCAUCAAAGCUCUAUUAUAUCGUGGAUGGGAUGCAUCAGGCAAAGCGGAUCCAUUUAUAAAAAUUGCCUUAGGUGACAAUACAAUCAUUGAUGAUACUAAAGGAAAACUUCAUAAUACAUUAGAACCUGUUUUUGGAAGAUCAUAUGAAUUUGAUGUUACAAUACCAAGUGAUUCUUUAUUACGUAUACAAAUAUGGGAUUGGGAUAUGACAAGUUCUAAUGAUAUUAUAGCUGAAACAAAAAUUGAUAUUGAAAAUCGUUUUUUUUCAUGUCAUAGAGCAACAUGUGGUUUACCACAACGAUAUGAUAGUGCGGGUUAUAAUGCAUGGCGUGAUACAAAAAAACCUACAGUUAUUCUAUCUGAGUUAUGUCAAAGUACAACUGAUUUGACACCAGACUAUUCCGAAGAUUUUCAAUCAGUUACAGUUGGUGAUCAAACAUUUAGUUGUGAUCCAGCAUGUGUUGAAUUUAUAAUGAAUGUUAAAUCAGCUCAAGCAACAUUACAUAGAAGAGUUCAUCAUGAAUCACCUGCAGAAUAUAUUCAACAAAAUACAGCAUUAGUUGCACUUCAAGCAUGGGGAAAAAAAAUAAAUCCAAAAUGUGCAUUAGUUGCUGAACAUAUUGAAUGUCGAUCAUUAUUUAACGAUGAAUUUCCUGAAACUGAACAAGGAAAAUUAGAAAUGUGGUUAGAUUUUUUUCCAAUGUCACGACCACCAACAAGUGCUCCAAUUGAUAUAACACCGCCCGUACCUACACCCUACCAAUUACGUUUAACUAUUUGGAAUACUAAUGAUGUUGAAUUAAAUGAUGAAAAUUUUGUUACUGGAGAAAAAACAUCUGAUAUUUAUGUUAAAGCAUGGAUAUUAGGAGAAAAUGUUGAUUCACAACAAACUGAUGUUCAUUAUCGAUCAUUGACAGGCGAAGGAAAUUUUAAUUGGCGAUUUGUAUUUGAUUUUACUUAUUUAGAAAUAGAGGAAAAAAUUGUUUAUGAAGCAAAAGAUUCUCUAUUUCAAGUUGGCAAUACGACAAAAAAAAUACCACCUAGAAUUGUUAUUCGUGUUUAUGAUGCAGAUUUAUUAUCAGCAGAUGAUUUUCUAGGUGAAUGUGUUCUUACUUUAACACAUAUACCACUCGGUGCAAGAACAGCAAAAAAAUGUAAAGCAAAUAUUGUACUCGAUUCUAAACAACCAUCAACUAAUUUAUUUGUUACUAAACGUCUUGUUGGUCAUUGGCCAAUGAUUGCACCACAAACAGAAGGUGUUAUUCGUGAUAAAAAUUUAUUAGGUGGAAAAGUUGAAGCAGAAUUUUCACUUCUUACUGCUGAAGAAGCAGAAAAAAAUCCUGUUGGAAAAGCACGUGAAGCACCACAACCACUUGAUGAACCUAAUCGACCAAAAACAUCAUUUCUUUGGUUUACAUCUCCAUGGAAAGUAUUUCGUUAUAUUAUAUGGCGUAAUUCGAAAUGGCCAAUUAUUAUUGCACUCAUCGCAAUUAUUUGUAUUGUCUUUCUCUUACUUGCCAUUUGGACAUUACCUGGUGCAGUUGCUACAGCAAUAGCACAGAAAGUUUUCAAAAGCGGUGGUUAA